GGGUCCCUUUCAGGAUCCUCCUCGCAUUCCCUCAGGUAUUUCUACACUGCCGUGUCAGAGUCCAGUCAGGGGCUGCCCCACUUCAUCGCUCCGGGGUACGUGGACGAUCAAGUCUUCGUUUACUACGACAGCAACACCAGGAUGAGGCAGCCUCGAGUCUCCUGGAUGGAGGAGGUGGGGAAGGAGGACCCCCAGUACUGGGACACUGUGACUCAGAUAGUACGUGGCAUUGAGGAGGUGUUGAGAGCAGACCUGGAGACUCUGAGGACCCGCUACAAUCAGAGCGAAGGCCUUCACACAGUGCAGAGGACGUGUGGCUGUGAGCUCCGGGGAGAUGGGAGCAAAGGAGGGUUUGGGCAGCAUGGCUACAAUGGGAGGACCUUCCUCACCUUUGACAAGGAGACCCUGACCUGGGUGGCUCCCGACCCACAAGCCCAUAUCACCCAGAGGAAGUGGGAUGCUGAUUCAGGAUUUAAUCAGAGAAGUAAGGCCUACAUGGAGGAGGAAUGCAUUGAGUGGCUGAAGAAGUACCUGUCCUAUGGGAAGGAGACGCUGCUGAGGAGAGAGGCCCCAGUGGUGACGGUGAGCAGCAGGACGGAGGACGACGAUGGGAUGGAAACUCACGUCUGCCGCGUGGAUGGCUUCUACCCCAAGGAGAUUGAUGCCUCCUGGAGGAGGGACGGGGAGGUCUGGCUGCAGGACACCUUCCGUGGGUCUGUGGCCCCCAAUGCAGAUGGGACCUACCACUACUGGCUCAGCAUCCGGAUUGAUCCCCAAGAGAGGGACCGCUAUCGGUGCCACGUGGAGCACGACGGCCUGCAGGAGCCUGUGGACAAAGCCUUGAAGGGUGAGAAUCUGCAGGGAGGGAGAGGCUGGGCUCUUUUUCAGGGUGGAGGAUUGUGGGAGAGAAAUUUGACCCCAGGUAUGUCCAGAUGUGAACACCCUUGAGCUUUAAUCCAUUGAUUUUUCCCAUGUUUAAAGUUUGUGGACCUGCAGGGAACAGUCCGUAGAAUCGGCUUUCGGUUCUUGAAAGGAAGCAGUGGAGUCCCACCCCAGUGGUUGGCCCAUCCUGAGGAAAUGCACCCAGAUCCUCCCUUAGCCUCUCUCCCACCCCUGUUUGCUGCACCCAGCAGAGCAGGAAGAGUUAUGCUGAGCCCCAGAAACAGGUGCAAAAAUCAGGAGGAGUUGGGUAGCCCCUUUUCUGAAUACCAAAUUGUAUUAAAAUUUGUGAACUGUGGCUCCCUUCAGGAAAUGCACAGAGUGGCUGGACUGAUGCAUCAAUAGUCAGAAAAGGGGCUUCCAGUCUGAUUUUUUGCCAUUAUAGAUGAACAUGGCUUUCCUCCUGUAAAGAACAAAACACCUCUGUGCAUUGCUGCCCUAAGAAAGAGGUGCAGACAUUGUUUUAUGAUCAGUGAUCUGCUGGGAUUCCUGAGGCUCAGCCUAAAACCAAAGGCAAAAGCCUUGUGUCAAGCAACUCUGUGUAUGCUGAUAACUUCCUCUGACAUUUUUUUACACUGGCCUUCCAAAACUGCAGUAUAGCAAUGAUCAAAUAUUAUGCUGAUAUCCCAGGCACAAUAAAAUACUCCUUUGGUUUCUUUACCAAGUAUCAAAUCACAAGUGCCAUGGCUGCUAUUCAGUGAGAGUCAUGAGUUCUAGGCAAGAGGAAUUUAAAGUUCUCCUCAAAUCUGUCCCCUGAAACAUCCUCCAAAUCUGUUUUAGUCCUUUCAGGGACACUCUGGAAGUUGGAUAUUACCAUAUUCCAUUUUUUCAUCCUGAAAUUCUGGAAGCAGAAAAUACCAUUUUUUACCAUUUCUGGGCUUGCAACAACUCCACACCCCCUUCCUAGAACUAGGGGGGAGGGGGUGACACAGACACGCCCCAUAUACUCCCCCCAAAAUGCUACAGUGAAAUAUCUAGAUCACCGGAAUUUUGUAUUUUUUAUUUGAGGUUGAUCAGAAUGAAAUAGGAAACAGAUAAACUCAGUUAUCUCUGAAAGAUGACAGGGUCAUCUGGAUGUUUCAUGGGAUUAAAGUUUUAUGGUAAAUCAGGCAUUUUGUCUGGUAAAAGCUCCAUCUGGAGGGAGUCAGAGUCCUCUUCUGCGAAUUAAAGGAGGUCGGAUGGCCUGACAAUUAAGGGGAUCCACAGCUGGCUUGAAAGUCUUCCUCAAGGAGUGCCCAUUGAUGGUUCCUCAUCAGGUGGAAGGUAUCGGGGGGGGAGGUGCCAGAAGAAUCAGCCCUGCGUCCUCUAUUCUUCAAUAUUCCCUUUAAUGACUUGGGUCAAUAGGUAGAA